AUGUCCAGUGCCUCAACCAAUCCAUAUCCCAGCAGUUCAGAAACCCGCCAGCACUCACUAGCGGAUCAAAAUGAUUCAUCCGUCCAUUGGCACGAUAAACCAGCAAUUAGACAAAUAACUCUUCGAGCCACAUUCAUCGGCCUAAUAAUAGGAACUUUAGUACUCAUAUCCAACUUCCAAUUCGGAUUACAAACAGGUUGGGUAUCAAUGAUGUCUCUCCCGUCAGCAUUACUUGCAUGUGCCUUCUUCAAACAAGUUUGGCCACGAAUUUUCCUCAAUGAUUCUCCUAUCACAGACGUAGAAACAGUCUAUGUUCAAAGCAUGGCUGUAGCGGUAGGAACAGGUCCAUUAGCGUAUGGGUUUGUGGGAGUUAUACCAGCAAUGGAAAAAUUCAUGACUUUCAAGGAAAGUGGGAAUACAAGAGAACAGGGCACUCCGUUCACUUUCAAUCAAUUGUUUAUUUGGUCAAUGGCACUGGCUUUCUUUGGAAUAUUCUUCGCUAUACCUUUGAGGAAACAAGUCAUAAUCAAGGAAAAAUUACCUUUCCCUAGUGGGACGGCCACUGCUAUUUUGAUCGCUGUAUUGAAUGGAUCACAAGUUUUACAAGAAGUCUCAAAGGCUGAAUUAAUGGAAAUUAGAAAUAGAAGAUUGAAUCAAUGCCCUGAAGUAUUACGGCCUGAUGAAGAUGAACCAGUGGAAACCCAUGAAUUAUUGACACAAUCCACUCUGGCUGAAGGUUACGAUUCUACUGUAAAUGAUUCAGAUGCGAAUGACGAAGAGGAAAGCUCAUAUAAGCAAAAUAUAGCCAUACUUCUCAAGACAUUCUUCCCAUCUGCCAUAUAUACCAUCUUAUCAUAUUUCAUCCCAAUCUUACACGCUAUUCCUAUAUUUGGCAAUUAUUUGUCUAAGGCAUACUUAUGGAACUUCCAACCAUCACCAGCUUAUAUUGGUCAAGGAAUUAUCAUGGGAUUACCCACUGUAUCAUACAUGAUGUUUGGUUGUAUACUAGGUUGGGCCAUCUUAGCACCUAUUGCACGUCAUGCGGGUUGGGUUCCUCCUGAUGCAGAUGUUCAAGAUUGGGAUAAUGGUGUACAAGGUUGGAUUGUAUGGUGUUCACUUUCGGUAAUGGUCGCUGAUAGUGUUGUUGGAUUCUUAGUCAUUACUAUUAAGAGUACAAUUAAAUUCCUUCUCCGAGAUGAUAAGACAAUUUUCUUAAAUAAAGUAUGGGAUGAUUCAUUUGAAUCCAUGCUUUUGGAAGAAGAGAGUGCCAUUAAGAAUUGUCAUUCGGCACUAUGUAGGAGAGAAGAUUUGAUCAGAUUAGCAAGUUCGGAAGAUGAUAACGAGGUUGAUUCCAAAUUCUUGGUCAAAUACACAACGGUGGUGAGUGGUAUUAUCGUAUCUUCAAUCAUGUGUUUAGUUUUCCUAAUUUAUCUUUUCGGUAUUGAUAUUAUUCCAGUAUAUGCCAUGGUAUCCGCGUUAGUGAUAUCGGUAUUUUUAUCAAUAUUAGCUGUGAGAGCGUUAGGAGAAACUGAUUUGAAUCCAGUUAGCGGUAUUGGGAAACUUUCACAAUUGAUAUUUGCAUUAAUCAUUCCAAGAGAUCAUCUUGGUUCAGUUUUAAUAAAUUUGGUUGCAGGUGGUGUAGCAGAAGCUGGUUCUCAACAAGCUGGUGAUUUGAUGCAAGAUUUGAAAACUGGUCAUUUGUUAGGUGCCUCACCAAGAGCUCAAUUUGUGGCUCAAUUAAUAGGUGCUUCUUGGUCUGUCAUAUUAUCCAGUUUUAUGUACAUAUGUUAUAAUAAAAUCUAUGAUUUACCAAAUGAACAAAUAAGAAUACCCACUGCAGUUGUAUGGAUUGAUUGUGCAAGAUUAGUGACCGGUCAUGGAUUACCAACGAGAUCAAUGGAAUGUGCAUUGCUGUUAGGUUCUAUUUUUGCUGUCUUAUCUUUGCUUAAAAAUUGUUAUAGAGACAAUGAAAUAGCAGCCAAAUGGUUAAUUUGGGUCCCAUCAGGUGUCGCAGUAGGUGUCGGUAUAUAUAACGCACCUAGCUUCACCAUUGCAAGAUUCCUAGGCGGUACCAUUUCUCAUAUAUGGUUAGGAAGACACAAAGGUGAAAUGAAUGCAAAGACCAAAAUGAUCGUGUUUAGUUCAGGGCUGGUGCUUGGUGAAGGUGUUUGUAGUAUAUUCAAUAUGAUCUUCACCAGUAUGAAUGUCCCCCACCUUUAG